CAAUAAUUUCUCACCCUUUCUUUCCUUUUCGUCAUCAUCGUCAUCAUCAUCAUCGUUUCUAACGUCGAAAACAGAAAUUAGAACUAGAAAGAAAAAGUCUCACAAUUCCAUAAAAUCAGAAUUUUACCGAGUCACUCACUGAGUCAUCGCCGAGGGUAAAUUCGUUAAAGCUUUACUGGAUCAGCAUAUCAUAGAAUGGAGAGGUGGGGACUGGGAGUGAAGAAUUGGAAUCAUACUAAUCAUUUUAAUCCAUUAUGUGUAAGAAAUUAUUCUUCAAUGAUGAUGACUGAUCAUCAUCAUUUCAAUUCCGCUAUUUUCGGAGCUAAAUUUCGUUUACUGGAGAUCAAGCUUUUUCGCCGCAACCCUGGGUAUAUCAGAGCCAUGUCUAAGAAGAAUAACAAUAAUAACAACGGAAAUGGAGAUUGUCUUAUUCCAGAAGGAGACAGUUCCAAAGGAAGCAACUCCUCUGAUAACAAAAAGUCUAAUGACAAUGCUUCCCAGAAGUCCCAUCGUGUAAAUUUAGACUGGAGAGAAUUCAGAGCAAAAAUGGUUAUUCAAGAACAGGCAGGGACUGGAGAAAUUGAUGCUGCUAACCAAGGUGGGGUACCCCGAGAGGCGAGACCACUUGGCCUGAAAUGGGCCCAUCCCAUCUCUGUGCCUGAGACUGGAUGCGUCCUAGUUGCCACAGAAAAACUUGAUGGAGUUCGCACAUUUGAGAGAACCGUUGUUCUCCUUCUAAGAUCAGGAACUAGACAUCCGCAGGAAGGGCCAUUCGGAGUUGUAAUUAAUCGGCCACUGAACAAAAAGAUCAAACACAUGAAGCCCACAAAUAAUAAACUUGCAACAACGUUUGCCGAUUGUUCUUUGCAUUUUGGCGGACCACUUGAGGCGAGCAUGUUUUUGUUACAAACGGGAGAAGAGGCAAAGCUUCCUGGUUUUGAAGAGGUGAUCCCUGGCUUGUGCUUCGGUGCAAGAAAUAGUUUGGAGGAAGCAGCAGUACUUGUAAAGAAAGGAUUGCUGAAGCCUCAAGAUUUCAGAUUCUUCGUCGGCUACGCUGGUUGGCAGUUGGAUCAAUUGAGGGAGGAGAUUGAAUCCGACUAUUGGUAUGUUGCUUCAUGUAGUUUAAACUCGAUUUGUGGGAAUUCUUCAUCAGAGAGUUUGUGGGAGGAGAUUUUGCAGCUAAUGGGCGGUCAUUAUUCCGAACUGAGCAGAAAGCCGAAGCAAGACAUAUAGGUAAUAAUGAGUUAUAAAUAUCGAUAGAAUGAAGGAACGGAGGUGGAAGUUAUGCAGCCAAAAUGUACAGAAUCUAUCCCACUGUCUCGGAUUAGUCUCGCAACAGAACAGAUUUUCCGUUUUAUUGUCUUAUUAUUUAAUCUUAAUAACCUUGGCAGUAAUGGUUGCUGUAUGUAAUAGUACGGCCUAUGUUAAUGAAGUAAAGCAAGUUUGUCUUUUGCUCGUUAA